GUUAUUUCAUAUUGUUUUAGAACUUAUAGUUUGUAAGUAACGCUGGCAACUUAAUAAUAAUUAAGUAUGUAGGAGGACCAUAGUUGUCAAAAUAUGCAAGCUGAAGUGGCAGUGGGCUGGUCAUAUCUGCCGAAGAACCGAUAACCGUUGGGGUAGACGAGUUCUCGAGUGGAGACCACGAAGAGGCAAACGCAGUGUGGGACACCUUCCUGCCCGCUGGACCGACGACAUUAGGCGGGUUGCCGGUGGUAGCUGGAUGAGGAAGGCCGAGAACCGAGUGUCGUGGCGCUUCUUGGGAGAGGCCUAUGUCCAGUAGUGGAUGAUUAUGAGCUGCUGAUGAAUCGUUUCACCGCUAAGAGAGAUUUAAUAUCCGUUAGUGAGCUGACGAGCACUACAAAGGCGCCGGGUCGUAGCAAAUGCAGUAUCUGCCCCAAUUACUUGCAGCGUGUGUGUGCCUUCGACAACCGCUCGAACAAGACGACAAUCUUCGACAACCUCUGCAUCAUGGACGUCGUCAACUGCAGGGAACGCACUCAUUACAUCAGGAUGCCUCACUCCAAAUGUCUGUACCACGGUAACUUCGACUACGUCCGCGGGCGCCGCAGCGACGACUAUGACGACUGAUAUUUCACACUCAACGAGAACAAGAACCCAGACUAUGCGAAAUAAAACC